CCUACCUCGUAUCAUAUAGAAUCACCGUGUAAUAGUGGCAUGGCCUUUCUGAUGUGUUACAGUUUUAAGAUGCGGAUGAUGCAUGUAACACAAAUUGUAGCAUUCCCAUUUUCAAACGUCCUAACGUCUAUACGUUAGAAAGAUGACAUACUAAAGAAAGAGCCACUUCUAAACAGCUUUGUCUGUCUCGGUCCACUUACAGCUUCGACUUGUCGGUGGUAUGGCUUCUCUGAGAGGACUGACCCGCACCAGACCUGGGAUGAGUUUGUUUGCAGGUGUUUUGCUUGGUUUCUUCUUAUCCAACUGGCUUGUCAUCAUCUCAGAUAUGACACUACCUCUGCUACAAGACGCCUCAUGUGUAGACAAUGAUAUGUGGUCCAGGGAAGGGACAGAUACCAGAGAAAAUGAAGUGCAAGACUUUCAGAGAGAAAAGCGUGCAAGAGUUGACCAGCGUAAGGGGAAUCACGUGUAUGUAGGUGUGAUGACGGCUGAAAAAUAUCUAAACACCCGUGCUGUCGCUGCGUUUGAGACCUGGGUGAGGAGCAUCCGUGGAAGGGUGGAAUUUUUCACGGGAGGGCAUGCAGGUAACAGGCAUGGAGGUGUCGUUCCAACUGUGUUCCUCAGGGGAGUGACAGAUGUAUAUCCUCCUCAGAAGAAGUCGUUUCUCAUGCUGAAAUACAUGCAUGAUCAUUACCUGGAUGAGUAUGAGUGGUUCGUCAGGGCAGAUGAUGACGUGUACAUCCAAGGAGGAAAGCUGGAACAGUUUCUGCGGGGUGUGAACUCCAGCCAGCCUCUCUACAUAGGACAGCCUGGAUUCGGUAAACAGGGUGAGUUCGGGCAGCUUGGUUUUGCCGCGGACGAGAAUUUUUGCAUGGGCGGACCGGGGAUGAUAAUGAGCAGGGAGACAUUGCGAAGAGUUGUGCCUAAUAUAUCCUGGUGCUUAAAGAAUCUAUAUUCUGCACAUGAGGAUGUUGAAGUUGGUCGCUGCAUUGGAAGAUUCGCACAGGUGUCCUGCACCUGGUCAUAUGAAGCCAAGGAUAUUUUCUACCACGACAAGACAGACAACGUUGAAGGUUUCAUGAAAACAAUGGGCAUGAGUAAACUGCGAAAGGCAAUAACUCUACAUCCGAACAAGAACCCAUCUCAUCAGUACCGACUGCACAAGAAUCUCCUCGCUCUGCAAACGCAAGAUUUUCGACAUCGAACUCUCGUACUUCAUCGCGAGAUUCGUCGUGUGACCUACCUUUUGGGAGAACAGCCUUCAAGACUUUACGAGGCGACUGGCAGAUCACCUUCAUUGCUGAACUUUGUGCCCAAAGAUAUCAAUAGUGUGAUGCCAUGGGAUUUCAUCACGAACAGACAGAUGUUCACCGCAGAUAUAUCUCUCCCAGCGAAGGCAAUCCCGAUGGCUCUGAGUACUGGGCUAGGUCAUGUCGUAGAACAGCUAAAGGCAAUGGAGCUGAUCAACAAGAAUGCACGGAGAGACCGGAGGACGGCGUACUACCGGGAGAUAUACUACGGCUACCGGCGGGUGAAUCCCAUGUGCGGGACUGAAUGUGUAUUGGAUCUCCUACUAGACCUUGUUAGCCACGAGUACAUAGGAGAAAACAGUACUCUAGAGGUACGAAAACACGCGUAUCUACAGCAGUCAUUCAGCCAGAUCGUAUUCGAAGAGCACGAGAUAGACAGGGAAGAUGAUGGUGAUGACGACACGAAGAGGGGUUUAGGACAGAAUAUCAACGAAACGCAUCACGUGCACGAAGCUGACAAAUUCAAAAGGCGGACUGAAAGGAGUAGACAAAAGGAAACGAUACAUGCCAUUGUCCCGGUGGCAGGGCGUCUACAGGCCUUCAGGAGAUUCAUGAAGAGUUACGAGAGGUCCUGUUUAAAGACUGGAGAAAACGUUCGACUUCUUGUAAUUUUAUUCAAAGGUGCCUAUAAGCAGCCCGAUCAGACUGCUGCAAUUUGGAAAUUGGUUAUCUCGUACAGUAUGAAAUAUCCGGAUGCAUAUCUGAAGAUCUUGCCAGCGGACAGAAAGUUCUCUAAAGGCCUUGCACUCGGCUUUGGAGCGUCUGUUUUUACCAACACGUCACUUCUGUUCUUCUGUGACGUGGACUUAGUUUUCAGACCUGAGUUCUUGGAACGAUGUCGAUGGAACACAAUUCAUGGCCACCAAGCGUACUUCCCAGUUGCCUUCAGUCAGUACGAUCCAGUGACAAUCAUCGGAAACAAACCAACUCAGAGGUCGACGACUGCUCAUAGAAAUCCACCAAACCCAUUGGUUGGUGGCCAAGGCAAUGACGUUGUUAACCAAUCAGCAUCUCGACAAAGUCCACAUCAGAUGAUCAUUUCUUCUAGCGGACGAUUAAGUAAUAAGACAAUGACAACAACCCGGUUAUCUCGUCCUAGACAUUCCCAAGUUUCAGACUUCCCAUCAUCCGAGGAAUCUAUGAUGCACCAUUACGUGUUCAGUAAGGAUGCAGGAUAUUGGCGUUACUAUGGCUUUGGAAUGGUGUGUCUUUACCAGUCUGACUUCCUCCGGACGGAUGGAUUCGAUCCAACCAUUGAGGGGUGGGGACUGGAGGAUGUUGACCUGUAUGAGAAGUUCGUGAAGAAGGACAUCCGGGUCAUGAGGGUGGUAGACCCCGGAAUGGUCCAUGUCUUCCAUACCAUACACUGUGACCCCGCACUGAGCGAAAAACAGUACAGAAUGUGUCUAGGUGCGAGGGCUAAUACAUACGGGAGUGCAGCAAGGUUGGGCAGGGUUUGGAGAAAGAUGCGACAAAAAAGAAACACCACCUGAGUUUUGGGAGACAUCCACUGGACAUCCCAACAUUGAUGUAAGCACAUGCAAUAAAAAGAUGAGAAGGGUGUGUGUAAUGGAUUAAAAUGUAAAUGAUUGAUGAUAAAGAUGAUCCAACUCAGAAUAGUUUAUCAGAUGGUAAAGAAUAAAGCCUCUAUCAUUAUUCUUUCAUCAGGAGGAUGGUUGUAGGUGUAACCGUAUGUCAUGCUACACAUGCUAUUCUUUGUGGCCACCCGUGCUGUUAUCAACACACUUAUUUAGGUUCUUCAU